CCGACUUUGAGAGCGGACUGAUGGAUCACACCGGAGGAGAACAAUACACGUUGAUAACCUUUUACGAAUAAAGUUUGUGAAACAAAACAAGAUAAGUAGACGUUGCUUUAGUGGUUGCAUGGUGCGUUCACUUACUCGACGGGGUUGGGAUGAAAAGACGCGCAAAGAAAAAGUUUUUACUGACGUGAAAAAAAUAUAUAUUUUGCGUGUGACCAAUGUGCGUAGCACGUACAAAUAACGUUCCUUUUUUGGAUAAUUCACGUUUUUUUCCUUCUCAGGAUGCUCUGGUUAUUUUUGCCCAUCAUAGGCUUGCUGGUUUGUUUCCACAGCUGUAUAUUGGCCUUUAGUGUGGAAACUAGAAACCUGACAAAUGACGAGUCCUACUAUGAGUACGUUCCUGAUCGCCUCCAAUGGAACAACGCAGGGGACCUGUGUAACCAGCGCUCUGGAGCCUUAGCAAUGGUCUCCAACGCUGAGGACAAGCAAGAGCUAACCAACUUUUUAAAGUCCUUGAAGAUCUCUCAGCCUGUGUGGAUCGCCCAGAAGGUCGAGCCACCUCCGAGAAAAAGCUCCUCGGAGACGCUGAUUCUGGAGUUCGCCGGACGCACGGACCGGAAGAAUGCCCGCCUCCGGCACACGUUCCCCUCCAUGGACGCCGUGACCGUUUGCACCCGCGUUCGCUUUGAUCCAAAUUGCUUUGGAAUCUCCACCAUCUUCUCUUAUUCCAUCCAGUCCUAUAUCAACGAGUUCCAGCUCCGGGGGAACUUGGUCAAGGGGAAACCUGUGCAGCUGUCUCUACUGGUCCACGGCGUUCACGGACCGUACCGAGAAGCCUUCGACCAGGACGACUCCUGGCACUCUGUGUGCGUUUCCUGGAACCAGAGCGGCGGGCGCUGGGCGUUAUUUACCAAUGGCCUGUUGGUUGAUCGGGGUGAGGGCCUAAGUUCUAACAGCAUUGGCCCUCAAGGCCUUUUCAUUAUUGGACAGGAGCAGGACACUUUCGGCGGUUCAUUUAAGAAGGACGAGUCAUUCUCUGGGAGUAUCACGGAGCUGUACAUAUGGGACCGGGUGCUGAACGUCAGUGAAAUGUACUCCAUGGAAAAGGAGUGUUCACCCAUUUCUUCUGGGCUGGUGUUCAAAUGGAAUGUAUCAGCCAUGGAAAUAGAGCCCUCCCUCACAAAGCUGUGGAAAGACAUCCCAUGUCAAGCGAACGUCACAGCAAAUUUGUUCUUGGAUUCCCUCCUGGAUGGAAAUGCUUCGCAGAAUCAAACAUUGUCCUUCAAGUUGUUCCACAGCCACUUGUCCGAUGGGGAUUGUGACGUCUUCGACCCCGUUAUUGGGAGCUGGGGCCAAGCCAGGUGCGACUCGUUAAUGGGGGCCGUCUGCCAGUUCAAGACAGAAGUGCUCCAUGUUCUGAGUUUACCAAAGACAGCGUUCUUCAGGAGCAUAAGUGAGGAGCAUCUCACUAAAGCUGUCCUGGCGGAGCUCAGCGUUAACACGUCCUUGGACUCUUUGCGGCAGCUGACCCAGUCGCUCCUGCGUGGGUUGGAGGCUGUCGGCCCUCCGCCCCUCAUCCCCGGCGACGUCCUCUACCUCGCCCGGAGGAUUGAGACGGACUUGUCCGCGCAGGCCGCCGGGCCUCGCCCCGCCGGAGCCGGCGCUGCAGAGGUCAUGGUGUCCAUUGCUACCAACUACCUGAAGGCGGCGAGUUUGAUGCUGGAGCCUCACAUGGCUUCACAGUGGAUGGGCGUGACAGAGGACCAGGUCAACGUGGGACCAUUUACUAUUGUCCGCAGCAUUGACAAACUCACCGAAACGCUCGCAGACAUGCUGUCUGUUGAGAGAAAAGGCUUCACUCUUUCUACCAAGAACAUAGAUGUGUAUAUGAAGUGGCAGAAGCUGACUGAAGGGACCUGUAGUCAAGUGUUCAAGCCUUCUGCAGUCGGCUCUCACUCUGCCGGCAGCAGCGCUCAAGAUGAGUUGCUCAUCCCUGACACGGCGCUGCAGAGGAUACACACUCUGGGACAUGAGGAGCUGAUGCUUAUUCACACCCACUACAGCCACCUGAGUGAGAUUUUGUCGGGAGCACAGGGGCCUCCGCUGAGUCACCAAGAGAAAGGAAAAAUGAGUCUUCCCGGACGCCUCGCUUCUGCCGUCAUAUCAGCCACCGUCCGUGAUGCCUCCAAGGCCCAAACUAUGCCCGUGGCCAUCAAAUACACCCUUUCCUCCCCACACGUGGUGGAGUAUUGGCAGCGAGUUACUCCUGUUUGUGCCUUUUGGAACUUCAGCUUGAUGCAUAAUCAAAGCAGCAGCUGGUCAAGUGACGGUUGCAGGCUGACCUUUGCUGGCUCUGGUGUCACUUCCUGCCUCUGUAACCACACCACCAACUUUGCAGUGCUGAUGAAUUACCUGGAGUCAAAGUGGAGUCCCGAGGAAGAGCUUAUUUUGAGCAAGCUGACGUUCAUCGGCUCUGGUGCGUCUCUGUGUGCUCUGGUGGUGACCCUGAUGCUGUUCACUGUGCUGGAUAUCCCCAAAUCUGACAGAACGUCGAUCCAUAAGAACCUUUUCAUUGCUCUGAUCUGCGCCCAGGUGAUUCUGCUCUGCAGUGGCUCAGCCAUUCACAACAAGGUGGCUUGUACACUGGUGGCGGCGCUGCUCCAUCUCUUCUUCAUGGCAGCAUUUAGCUGGAUGCUGGUGGAGGGUCUGCUGCUCUGGAGCAAGGUGGUGGCAGUCAACCUAAGCGAAGACCGUCACAUGAAGUAUUACUAUCUCAUCGGCUGGGGUCUGCCAGUGCUGAUAGUCACCAUCACGUUGGCAUCAGCCUCCGGCAAAUACUCAGCCGACAGCCACUGUUGGCUCAGUGUCCAAAAUGGGGUCAUCUGGGGCUUUACUGGGCCCGUCAUCUUCAUCAUCAUGGUGAACAUCAUGGUACUGAGCAGGGUGGUGAUCAUCACCAUAUCCACAGCCAAGAGAAGGUCCAUCAUGUUGGCUAUGGGAACCAGUCCUGUGGAUCAAGCCUAUGAGCGGAUCAGGGCAGCGGUGAAAGCAGUGCUGGUGUUGUUGCCCAUCCUCGGGCUGACAUGGCUGUGUGGUGUCUUGGUGCCUUUCUCCAUUGUCAUGGCGUACAUCUUCAUCCUUCUCAACUCCCUGCAGGGCCUGUUCAUCUUCCUGAUAUAUGGGGUGUACAACACAGAGGUUCGGAGCACGGUCAACAGGAUCAAGGAGAGAAGAAAAGCGCUGAAUUUUUCAAACUGCGCCAGCUCCCGACCAUCCAGCUCAGUUACCAGCUCCCGUCCGGUCAGUUUCCCACUAGGAACUUCCCCGAGCCAGGAAGAGGAGGCCUCCCCAACCAACACUCGCAGGAACAGCCCCGACCUGGCAGAGGAGGAAGAGACCACCAGAGGUCAGCUGUCCAUUCCUUGUGUUCCAGAGAGACCAGAAAAUUCCUUGCGUCCAACUUCCAAAGGCACUCAUCAGCAAAGAAAGGAGCCCCCUCCCUCAGAGGCGGAUGCCUUGCCGCCUGGUUGUAGUCUUCACGUCCCCAUGGAGCUGGAGUUCACAGCUUCCUGUUUCCCUCGCAGCUCGGCGCCUCACCAAAGCUAAGGCCUCGUCCACGUUGACUCACCUGGAGGGUGAUUGUGAUCAUAGUUUCCUAUCGUGAUUUCUUUUUUUCUCCCUUCUUUUAAUCACAGUUAGUGAAAUGUUUUAGCUAAGUUGUAGCUUAAUUUUCUUUACAAUUGUUUAGCUAUGAUCAAUGUGGAGUCGUUGUGAUGCAUAGCUUACUUUCAGAUGUGAAGGAAGGGACUAUUUCUGCAUUCAAAGUUGCCUUUGUUUAAAGUUACAGUGCAGGAAAGUGAAAACUAAAAUACUCAAAUAUGGUUAACUCGAUUUCCAAGGUUUCAUUACAAAUGAAUUAUUUGUCUUUUAUGUGUUUGCAAGUUUUUUCAUUGGAUUUCCUUUUUCAUUGAUUCACAUUUGCUGUGAAAGCAUUACUGUAAAUUGUCCAUUUAAAAAACCCAUUGGAGUGAUUUUGGAUUCAGGUGGACACUUUAAUCACAUGCCAACCCCCCUUUCCUCCUCUGGAUGCUUGUCUCCCUACUCUCAAACUAUCAAAUAAAGGUCGGAAUGGCAUGGGAAAAAAAGAUGAAGCAGAACAACUGAUUUCUCAUCUGAUCGUGAUCCUGCAUGUUUUACUAAAAUGUUAUUCCAUGAAUUUUGGAACAGGAGAAAAACACAUAUAAUAGAACUGGACAGCGUUGGUGUGUGCAGGAAGCGAGAUUCCGACGUUAUAAGCAUAAUCAUUAUUUAUUGAAAUAUGAGGAGAAAUGGAUUGGGCCUCAGAGAGACACUCCCCAUGACAGGAGCAGUG